UGAAAGGAUAAAGCAGCAUAACAAACCUUUCGGCUUCCCCGUUCCGAUCUCUAUAAAUUAAUUUUGAAAUGAUUGUAAUUCAAAUGUAGACUACUUAUAUAGUUUCCAAUGGCGCAGAGGCCCGAGCCUAUCGACGUGGAAGCAUACGACCACCGGGUCCAAGACCCGGUCUACGAGAUCGUCCCCAACGACGACGAUGCGUUCGCCGAGGAUCUCCAGCUCCAGGAGAUCAUCAUGCUGUCGACCCAGCCCACUAGCACUAAUAACAAGGACGGCGAGCCCUCGAGCUCCCGGUCCGGGUCCCUCUGCGGGAUCUGUUGGAACACCGGGUGCACGCACUCCGUCUCGAUCGAACGGUCGCGAGGCGCCGAUCAAACCUUCCGCGUCGCCAUCACCGGCGACUUCGACAGCGAAGCGCUCACGAACCUCGUGAACGCCAUAUACGACGCCGCGCAUCGCCUCGCGGGGGAGAAGGGGAAGGGGAAGGAGAAGGUAGAAUUCGGAGAAUCGUCGUCGUGGCCGAUCGUGGUUGAGGAAGAGGUGGCGGCGCCGGAGUUCGACUGCGGGAUCUGCAUGGAGUCGCUGCCCAUCGCCGAGUCGUUCGGCGUCGAGAAUUGCUCGCACAUCUUCUGCGCCGAGUGCGUCGGCAGCUACAUCGCGGCCAAGGUGGAGGAGAACGUGAUUUAUAUCCGCUGCCCCGAUCCGGAGUGCCGGGACGGGUUUCUGGAGCCGGAGCUGUGCCGGGGGAUCAUCCGGCUCGAGGUUUUCGACCGGUGGGGGCUCGCGCUCUGCGAGGCGGCGGUCGGGGCGGAGAAAUUCUACUGCCCGUACAACGACUGCUCGCGACUGCUGAUCGGCGAUGGCGAUGGCGAUGGCAAAGGCGGCGACGCGGGCGCGAUAACGGAUGCGGAGUGCCCGCACUGCCUCAGGAUCUUCUGCGCGCAGUGCAGGGUGCCGUGGCACGAGGGGGUCACGUGCAAGGAGUACCGGAGUCUCGGGAAGGACGAGAGGAGCCAGGAGGACCUGAUGCUCCGGCGGCUCGCGGCCAACAAGAAGUGGCAGCGCUGCCCGCAAUGCAAGAUGUUCGUCGAGAGGAUCGACGGGUGCAUGUUCAUGACCUGCAGAUGUGGAUAUUGCUUCUGCUACGCCUGCGCGUCUCCGAUGUCGAAGACAAGCCAUUACUGUGCCAAGUGUAAACGCUAAUUUGGAGAUCCAAAGGUCGAAAGUUUUAACAAAAACUAUCAAACUUUAUUUGAUUUUUUUUUCCCUUGCCCCUCUCUGCAAGUACAAAAUAUUUAAUGUUAUCAGUUACCUUAGCCUUGUAAGUAUAUUCGAUUGUUAAAGUUUUGGAUUUUUUUUAAGAUGGUUUGCACAGAGUGGGGGCUUCCUAUUUAACUUUUCCUAUAGAAGUUUCAUUUUGUUUUCUUCAAGCAUGCAUGUUUAUGCUAUCCAAAUUGAGGAAUGAGUGUAGCAAUGUGUGUUGGAUCCUUGAACUUCUAGUUCAUGAAGCUAAAUGACUCCAAAUAAAUAAUUCUGAGUAAUUGCUCGUUUUGAGUUUUUGAUUUGGUUUUUUUUUUUUUUUUGACAUGGGUGCUUGAAUUGAGCCACUUUAGGGUAAAAAAGGUUUUUGAUUUGGGUUUUGCGUCCACUAAUACAUCUAUGAAGAUCCAGAUGGUUUAUUGGCCCUGCAUAGCAGCUCUUCUUUUUUUAUUUUGAGAGAUAGGUAG